AUGACGACUGCAGCUUCUUCGGCAUCUUAUCAGCUCUUCGACGGCGACCGAACAGAGAGGAUACACAACCUUCGUAUUCGAGCAAGCGGGCGGAGCAACACUGGCAGCACUACGUCUUCUCGCGCCUCAACACGAAGCAACAAUGCACCGAAGCGAUCAAGCAACCCCGACGAACCUUCUCGAUUCGUAAUCGACCUAUCUCUACCUCCCGAGCAACGUUAUCUCGAGGUUUGUACGGCUUUCAAGAAACAGCUCAAAGAUAUCACGCCGCUAUUUGAUGAAGUUGUCGGCGGAUUCCUGCAUUGCAUCCCUGUUCGGCGGGUGCAUCAACUCGCUAGGCUUCUUCUACGAGGCAUCUACGACAAGGAGGAGAACAGAGAGCUCAAGGGCAUCAGCAAAGCGGUAGGCGUUGAUAUGCAUCUCCUGGUCAGCUUCAACGUUCUGCUGGAUCUGUUGAUGGGUUGUACCAGCGGCGGAGCACUCGUAAGAGAUGGCGAAGGCGGAACGAAGAUGGUACACUUUCGCACGCUGGAUUGGGGUAUGCCGUCGCUGCGGAAGCUUGUAGUCCAGCUAGAUUUCAAGAGACGGCAAGAUGGGCCUAUUAUUGCUUCGAGUAUCACGUACGCGGGAUAUGUUGGAGUUCUUACUGGAGUCAGAAAGGACUUUUCUGUCAGCUUAAACUUCCGGCCGAAUCGAAAUGACAAGGGGAAGCAUUGGUCCGAUGUCAAAUACUACUAUCACUUGUUGAUGGUCUUACUGGGUUGGAGACGAAGCAUUUCAAGUCAGUUGAGGUGUUUCUUGAUGCCUCAAAAACAGGAAAAGUCUACAACUCGGGGGCAGGAAGCAAAUGACCAGGUGAAAUAUUGGACUUACGAAGAGACGGUGUCUUGUAUAGGAGGUGGAACUGGCAAGCCUCUCAGAACUACCGCAUGCUAUUUAUGCUUCGGCAACGGCCAGGAGACGACGGUCAUAGAGAAAGAUCGGGCCACAGCAACGUUACGCUCGAACAACGUCUUCAUUGCGAUAACGAACAACGAUGUGGAUCACGAAGACGAAACCAACAUACCAGUGCAAGCAGGGGAACGGGAAACCUCACUGGCUGACAUAGUCAACGAAGGCAAAGAUCGACGGCAAUGCACGGAGGGCAACUACUUCCUCAUGAGGCAGCACGCUGCCGCUUGGAGGGCGAACGCUGGGCUAGGACACAGUCUAGAAGAGGCCGUGAGCGCUGACAAUAUCACGGCAAUGCUGCAGUGGUAUCCCACCACGAACGAAAUGACGCAUUUUGCUUGUUUAAUGGACCCAAAGGAAGGCGCCGUUCGAUGGUGUCGCCGGUGGGCAAGGCCUGCCACUAAACGCUGGAUCAGGGAACACCAAGGAUAUCAACGGAGUACGUAUUUGUAG